AUGGGCCGGUGUCCCCACUGCUGCAUCAACUGCGGCAAGAAGUUCAGCAACCCACUCACACUGAAACAGCACCAGCGCACGCACACCAGGGAGCAGCCGAACCGCUGUGCCAACUCUGGGCAGAGGUUCAACAAUGCCAAAACACUGACCCAGAUUCAGCGCAAGCGCAUCAGGGAGCAGCCGUAUCGCUGUGCUGAUUGUAACAAGGGUUUUGCACACAGCUCACAGCUGAGAGUACAUCAGCGCACACACACCGGGGAGAGGCCGUAUCGCUGUGCUCACUGUGGCAAGGGCUUUGCAGAGAGGUCAAAGCUGAGUAGACAUCAGCACACACACAGCGGGCAGUGGCCACACCGCUGUGCUGACUGUGGCAAGGGCUUUGCAGAGAUCUCAAAGCUGAGUAGACAUCAGCGUACGCACACCGGGGAGCGACCACACCGCUGCGCUGACUGUGGCAAGGGCUUUGCACAGAUCUCAGAUCUCAGAUCACACCAGCACACACACACUGGGGAGCGUCCGUACCGCUGUGCUGACUGUGGCAAGGGAUUUGCGUCAUGGUCAAAUCUGAGUAGACAUAAGCGCACACACACUGGGGAGCGGCCACACCGCUGUGCCUACUGUGGCAAGGGCUUUGCACAGAUCUCAGGGAUGCAAACGCACCAGCAAACACACACCGGGGAGCGGCCGUACCGCUGUGCAGACUGCGGAAAGAGCUUUGCACGGAUCUCAGGGCUGAGAUUGCACCAGCCCACACACACUGGGGAGCGGCUGUACCACUGUACUGACUGUGGCAAGGACUUUGCACGAAGCUCAAGCUUAAGAGUGCAUUAUCGCAAACACACCAGGAAACGGCCUCACCAUUGCACCGACUGCGGCAAGGGCUUUGCACAGGUCUCAGAUCUGAGAACACACCAGCGGACGCACACCGGGGAGCGGCCGUACUGCUGUGAUGAUUGCGGGAAGCGCUUCAGCAGUGCCAGUACACUGACCAACCAUCAGCGCACGCACACUGGGGAACAGUCGUACCGCUGUGACGAUUGCGGCAAGAGCUUCAGCAGUGCCAGUACACUGACUAAGCAUCAGCGCACACAUAGCAGGGAACAGCUCUACCACUGUGCUGACUGCGGGAAGGGCUUUUCCCAGAUUUCAGGCCUGAAAAUACACCAGCGCACGCACACAGGGGAGCGGCCGUACAGCUGUGCUGACUGUG